AUGGCGAUGGCCUCCGCGCACGCGCCGAGCGGCGCCGGGAGCCUGGCGCCGCGCGGGGCGCUGAGGGUGCGCGCGCCCGCCGGGCUGGGCUACCUCGGCCUCGGCCCCUCCAGGCCGGCCCUCCGCCCCGUCGCCCUCGCGAGGCGCGCCGCCCCCUCGGGCGCCCGGUCCCCGCUGCUCAGGUGCGCCGCGGCCUCCUCGCCCCCGGCCGCUGCGGCGGCGCGGCCCGCCUCGGCGCCGCGCUUCAUCCAGCACAAGAAGGAGGCCUUCUGGUUCUACCGCUUCCUCUCCAUCGUCUACGACCACGUCAUCAACCCGGGCCACUGGACCGAGGACAUGCGCGACGACGCGCUCGAGCCCGCCGACCUCCACAGCCGCAAGCUCAAGGUCGUCGACGUCGGCGGCGGCACGGGCUUCACCACGCUCGGCAUCGUCAGGCACGUCGACCCCGCCAACGUCACGCUGCUCGACCAGUCGCCCCACCAGCUCGAGAAGGCCAGGCAGAAGGAGGCGCUCAAGGGGGUCGACAUCAUGGAGGGCGACGCCGAGGACCUCCCCUUCCCCACCGACACCUUCGACCGAUACGUCUCCGCCGGCAGCAUUGAGUACUGGCCUGACCCGCAGCGAGGAAUCAAGGAGGCCUACAGGGUCCUCAGGCUCGGCGGGAAAGCUUGUUUGAUCGGCCCCGUGCACCCAACCUUUUGGCUGUCUCGCUUUUUUGCCGAUAUGUGGAUGCUGUUCCCCACUGAAGAGGAGUAUAUUGAAUGGUUCACGAAGGCAGGGUUCAAGGAUGUUCAGCUCAAGAGGAUUGGACCGAAGUGGUACCGUGGUGUCCGUAGGCAUGGCCUGAUCAUGGGGUGCUCCGUGACGGGUGUCAAGAGAGAAAGCGGGGACUCCCCUUUACAGCUUGGUCCGAAGGCUGAAGAUGUCAGCAAGCCCGUGAAUCCUAUCACCUUUUUCUUCCGCUUCCUCAUGGGAACAAUAUGUGCCGCGUACUAUGUUCUGGUGCCUAUUUACAUGUGGAUAAAGGACCAGAUUGUGCCCAAAGGCAUGCCGAUCUAA